CAGCCACUAGUCGAAUCGGCAGCGACGGGAGAGUGAGUCCGGGCGGAGUUUUCAUCAGCACCGGCGUCGACUGAGGGAUUACUGUUGCGGGAUCGGGUGCCACCAUGACCGGGCACAUUCUCGAUCCUACCCCUCUCUCUCAGCCUCACGAUCCGUUCCCGGGCCUUGGGAAGCUUUCUCUUUGCUGCGGAGAUUGGAAACGAUAAGGAACGUACGGGAAUCGCAAGCAAAUCAUUUUUGCUUUCUCUGUCCGGCUAUUUAAGGAGUGACAUUUAUAACCCCAAUAUGUUAGUUGUUGAUCCUUGGAGAUGAAGAGGUAUCUCAUUCCAUCUGGAAACAAGUUUUGUGUCUGUAGUGAAGUUUUAUGUGUAACUCUGUGCAAUCCACAGGAACCGGGGAGCUGAGAACCUAUCAGCACUUGUUCACUGGAGAUCAGUUCUUCAACUGCAUUGACUGUACGAGGCAGUCACUCUGUCUGACGUCUGACCUGGUGAAUUGCCAGCUGGGAUUAUCAUUCUCCUUCUCUCAGUCUGUGAUUCUGUCACUCAGCGAGCCGCAGACACAACGGUGAACAGAGGGGGGAGCCAGUUCACCUGCUCUGUGUGUGGGACAGGAUUGACACAGUCAUCCAGCCUGAAGAUACAUCAGCAAGUUCACAGCACAGUGAGAUGGUUCGCCUGUUCCGUCUGCGGGAAGAGAUUCAUUCAGUCAUCCUCGCCGACGAUACGUCAGAAAAUUCACAGCAGUGAGGGGCCGAUCGCUUGCUCCGUGUGUAGGAAGGGAUUCACUCACUCAGCCGAUCCAAAGAGACACCAGUGAGCUCACAAGGGACAAAGACUGUUCAGGUGUUCUGUAUGUGGAAAGAGAUUCACUCGGCCUUCCGAUCCGCCGACACACGGGUGUGUUCACUCUGGUGAGAGGCUGUUCACCUGUUCAGACUGUGGGAAGGGUUUGACUCGGUUAUCUGACCUGUUGGCACACCUGUUCGUUCACACUGGGGAGAUGCUGUUCACCUGCUCAUACUGUGGGAAGGGAUUCAAUCGAUCGUCUGCCCUGUUGGUACAUCAGCGAGUUCACACUGGGGAGAGACCGUUCACCUGCUCAGUGUGUGGAAAAGGAUUUACUCAAUCAUCUAACCUAUUGACACAUCAGCGAGUUCACACUGCGAAGAGGCUGUUCACCUGCUCAGACUGUGGCAAGAAAUUCACUCGAUCAUCUAAUCUACAAAAACAUCAGCAAGUUCACAAAGGGGACAGGUCGUUCGCCUGUUCGGACUGUGGGAAGGGAUUCACUCGAUCAUCUCACCUGCACAGACACCAGCGACUUCACACUGGGGAGAGGCCGUUCACCUGCUCAGACUGCGGGAAGGGAUUCACUCAAUCAUCCGACCUACUGGCACACCAGCGAGUUCACACUGGGGAGAGGCCGUUCUCCUGCUCAUUGUGUGGGAAAGGAUACACUCAGUCAUCUCUACUGAAGGUACAUCAGCGAAUUCACACUGGGGAGAGGCCAUUCAUCUGCUCAGACUGUGGGAAGGGAUUCACUCAAUUAUCUCACCUACAGGCACACCAGCGAGUUCACACUGGGGAGAGGCCAUUCACCUGCUCGGAGUGUGGGAAGGGAUUUACUCAGUCAUCUGCCCUAUUGGUACACCAGCGAGUUCACACCGGAGAGAAGCCAUUCACCUGCUCAGACUGUGGGAAGGGGUUCACACAAUCAUUUGAUCUACAGGCACACAAGUCAGUUCACACUGGCAGGUGGCCAUACACCUGCUCAGACUGUGGGAAGGGAUUCAUCACUCCAUCUAAGCUGAAGAUCCACCAGCGGGUUCACACAGGGGAGAGGCCGUUCACCUGCUCCGACUGUGGGAAGGGAUUCACUUGGUCAUCUGACCUAUUGGUACACCAGCAAGUUCACAGUGGGGAGAGGCCAUUCACCUGUCCAGACUGUGGGAAGCGAUUCACUCAGUCAUCUCAACUACAGACACACCAGCGAGUUCACAUGGUAGAGAGGCCGUUCACCUGCUCGGACUGUGGGAAGGCAUUCACUCAGUCAUCCCACCUGAAGACACACCGGCGAGUUCACACCGGGGAGAGUCCGUUCACCUGUUCAGAGUGUGGGAAGGGAUUCACAAAGUCACGUGACCUGCAGGGACAUCAGCGAGUUCACACUGGGGAGAGGCCAUUCACCUGCUCCGAGUGUGGGAAGGGAUUCACUCGAUCAUCUGUGUUGUUGGCACACCAGCGGCUUCAUACUGGGGAGAGACCAUUCACCUGUCCAGACUGUGGGAAGCGAUUCACUCGAUCGGGUGACCUACAGGCACACCAGUUAGUUCACACUGAGGAGAGGCCAUUCUCCUGUUUGGUGUGUGGGAAGCGAUUCACUCGGUCACGGGACCUACAGACCCACCGGCGAAUUCACACUGGGGAGAAGCCAUUCACCUGUUCAGUGUGUGAGAAGGGAUUCGCUCAGUUAUCUUCCCUGCAGUCACACCAGCGAGUUCACACUGAGAGGAGACCGUUCACCUGCGCUGACUGUGGGAAGGGAUUCACUCGAUCACGUGACCUACAGACACACCAGCGAGUUCACACUGAGAAGAGACCGUUCACCUGCUCAGACUGUGGGAAAGGAUUCACUCAAUCAUCUAAAUUGAAGGUACAUCAGCGAGUUCACACAGGGGAGAGGGCAUCCAGCAGCUAAGAAUAUGGGAGUGGGUUCACCUGGCCUUCUGGCAGUUUGACACGUCAGUUAACACUGGGGAGAGACUGCUCACCUGCUCAGACUGUGGGAGGGGAUUCAUUCAACCAUCAGCGAGUUCACACCGGGGAGUGGCCAAACAGCUACUCUGACUGUGAGAAGGGAUUUACUAGGCCAGCUAAACUAAAGGAGUUAACGCAGGGGAGAAGUUGUUCACCUGCUCUCGCUGUGGGAAGGAUUGACUUGAUCACCUAAUCUAUUGGCACAUCAAUCAGUUCACACUGUGGAUGGCAUCGGUUCCAUCUGCAGGAAGGCUUCCACCCAGUCAUCUACCUGUAGACACACCGGCCAGUUCAGCCCGGGCAGAAGCUGUUCUGUUCCGUGUGUGUGAAGGGAUUCACUCACGCUAUGGAGUUCACACUGGGGAAAGGUUUCAGUAAGCUACAAUAAUCCAGGGGCAAGUUGGUGUCGAAUUAUUACUGCUGCUCAUCAAACCCAGGUCUGCACCCUGGUCACCGGGAAUGGGAGGAGUUUCUUCUGAUGUUCGCAUUGAAUGGGACUGGAAUUUCUGUGAUAAAUAAAUCAGUUCCAUUUUUAAACUCCAUCUCGGGCACGCAGUGAAUCUACAACACUCCCAGUGUGAAGUAGGCGGCCAAAUCCAGCUGGUCCCUCCCCGUAUUUCUGUUCCAUGACAGUCCAUCCGUGCUGUUCACCUCUCGCUGACCCUGUGAUGGCGAUCCAGUCACCAGCCUGUGGGUGAGAACCCUGUCCCCGGACUUCCUGCACGGCAUUCUGCCGACUGACUGCAGUUUUGUCGGAAGUGUUUGUCCCUCAAAUCUCUGGGCCGAGGAGGAAUGACAUUGGUAGUUAAUCACCUUACUCCCUGCCCAUUUCAAAGUUAUGGGGGCUGUUUUCACUGCUGCUGAAAGGGCCGUGUCUCAUACGGCUGUGGGCUUGGAACACACCACUGUAGUCUAAAGCCAGGAAGCAGAACAAGGAGCCGUCAGCUGGAUGCCCAGUGGAGCAGAGACAGGUCCGCACAGGGCAGAGUUUUGGCCUCUGGACAGCGGUAAGAGUGAGAGAAUAUGAUGAGAAGGGAAACAGCGGGGUGCGGGCGGGAAGGUGGCAUUGGCACUGGAUGACACAGUAGCAAUGUUUGGAAGGUUAUUGCGGAGAAAAUCGAAUAGGUUUACUUUGACUGGACACAUACAAUGCUUGUUGACACGGAGUACACUGCUUGUGGAAACUCGCUGUGACAAGUGAGUUCUCACUAAAAUAUUGACUGGAUUGGUGCCAUUUGGCAGAGGGGAGGCGGUGCUUGUAAAUGCUUUGAAUGGUGCUGCUCUUACCCAUAAGUCUCUGAGCUUAAGAAUAUACUGUCACUGAAUCCAGCGCAGAAGUGCUGAAAGGCGCGCGUGCGUUUGGUGGAGAAACAGCUCCGGGAAUCCGGGAAUGGGUUUGCUGGACCCCCCAGGCACAGCGGAGAUCUUGCUGUCUAGAGCUAAGGAUUUGGGAGUUGCACAGAAAUAGAAUUCUGUCUUUAUUGGGCUUGAAGAACCGAUAAUAUAUCCCGACUGGUAAGUGCACAGUGGGGAAAGUUCAUUCGACUGCUCUGUCUAUGGGAAGGACUGUAUUCAGUCUCCUAACAUACAGGAACACCAGUGAGUUCUCGCUGUGGAGAGGCAAAUCACCUGCUCGUAGUGUAGGAAGGGAUUCCACCUCAUGAGGUGACACUGAGAGGCAACAUACCUCUCCUGUGUGAGCAAAGAGCUUUAGUCCAUCAUCCCACUGGCCCAAGCACCAGCAAGUUUGCACGGCAGGGUGGGGGGGGCGGGUUUGAACCAUCAGGAUUGCUGAACCUAGUUGCGAGUUCAAGAGUGACGGAUUAUGCAAUUAUUGCUGCUACCUC